CUAGUUACUUCCUUAGACCUUCGUCCUCUCUCUCUCUCUCUCUCUCUCUCUCUCUAUAUAUAUAUAUAUAUACAUCCGCGUAUAUUGUGUUCGUGUGUGUAUAUAUAGCUCUUUAUAUAUAACUCUAUCGAAAAUAUUCAUCGACGGAACGUCGAAUCUCGCAGACUCCGUACAGUGGCCGCUGAUCGAGAGGAUGAACAUCUUUUCCAAGAAACCCACUGCCAAAGAGGCGCUUCGAGAGAGUAAGCGAGAAAUGGCCAAUGCGACCAGAGGUGUCGAAAGAGAAAUCACCACCCUGCAACUGGAAGAAAAAAAGCUCGUUGCUGAGAUAAAGAGAACUGCUAAAACAGGGAACGAGGCAGCUACUAAAAUUUUAGCCCGUCAACUUAUCAGACUUAGGCAACAAAUAGCAAAAUUACAAGGUAGUCGAGCUCAAAUGAGAGGCAUAGCAACUCACACACAGGCAAUGUCUGCCCACUCAUCAGUUGCUGUUGGCAUGACAGGGGCCACUAAGGCAAUGGCAACAAUGAAUAAGCAAAUGGCCCCAGCAAAGCAAGCAAAGGUGAUACAAGAUUUCCAGAGGCAAUCAGCACAGAUGGAUAUGACCACUGAGAUGAUGUCUGAUGCCAUAGAUGAUGCUUUGGAUAAUGACGAGGCUGAAGAGGAAACUGAAGAGUUGACAAAUCAGGUUCUAGACGAAAUUGGAGUUGAUGUGGCCUCACAGUUAUCAGCAGCACCUAAAGGAAAAAUUGCCAGGAAGGCCACUGAGGAUGUUGGAAGUUCUGGCAUCGAUGAGUUGGAGAAGAGGCUGGCAGCCCUUAGAAAUCCUUGAGCGUUGAAGAUGGAGAAGCUCCAUGCCUGUCUGCCCAAGUUGAUAAUUGGAAACUAUUUGCUUUGGACAUAGUUACAGCGUUGUAUGUUUCCUCCAAAUUAUGGCAUCCAAUGGUAUUAAUCUAUGUAAUUAUUGGAAAAGCAUGCAGCCUCACUCAUUCGAUGACCAUGAUAACCUACUCUUUACGAUUUCGUGGGUGUAUUAUUUCUUUUUUGGUGCCUAUAUAUGACGACUGUAUUUCCUCGUA